AUGGAGAGCUCGGCUCAGAUGGAGAGCGGCGGCGCCGGCGCGCAGCCCCAGCCGCAGCCUUUCCUGCCGCCCGCAGCCUGCUUCUUCGCCUCGGCCGCCGCCGCCCAGAGCGCGCAGCCCCCGCCGCUGAGCCCCGCGGCCGACGGCCAGCCCUCAGGGGGCGGUCACAAGUCGGCGCCCAAGCAAGUCAAGCGGCAGCGCUCGUCCUCGCCCGAGCUGAUGCGCUGCAAACGCCGGCUCAACUUCAGCGGCUUCGGCUACAGCCUGCCGCAGCAGCAGCCGGCCGCCGUGGCGCGCCGCAACGAGCGCGAGCGCAACCGCGUCAAGCUGGUGAACCUGGGCUUCGCCACGCUGCGGGAGCACGUCCCCAACGGCGCGGCCAACAAGAAGAUGAGCAAGGUGGAGACGCUGCGCUCGGCGGUCGAGUAUAUCCGUGCGCUGCAGCAGCUACUGGACGAGCACGACGCCGUAAGCGCCGCCUUCCAGGCGGGGGUCCUGUCGCCCACCAUCUCCCCCAGCUACUCCAACGACAUGAACUCCAUGGCCGGCUCCCCGGUCUCGUCCUACUCGUCUGACGAGGGCUCCUACGAUCCACUCAGCCCAGAGGAGCAAGAGCUGCUGGAUUUCACCAACUGGUUCUGAGGGGCUCGGCCUGCUCGGGGCCUGGGGCAAAUGGAUCUUGGAAGCAGGGUGAACCGCACAACCUGCGUCUCUAGUGCUCUUCUUGUCGGCGACCUUGGGAGGGAGCAAAUCAAGCAAUCAAU